AGGCGGAGCGACUCGAGGAGCAAACUCUGUGCGCUCCCGCAAAUACUACUGGAUUUAUCCUGCUACCAAUAAAGGGUUGUAAGCGCAGGUGCUGGCAGACGGCGUAGUUAUUGUGUUCGCGCGCACGCUGGAUUAUUAAUAAGAGACGACGGAGCCCAGUUCUCUGGGAAUAGAGGUGCGUGUGUAGGGUUGAGACGUUUGUUGCUGUGUGGAGGGACGCAGGGCGGCCAUUUUGGAAGUGGAGCGAAGUGUGUUGUUGAGCUAGCCUCAUAGCUUAGCCACUUGCGGCGGCGCCGCCGGGCUUCGCGCUGGCGCUCAGCCUCGUAUCCCGCUUGAAACGGCCACGCUUCCCGGCCCGCUUGCGGUUUUUCUGUUCGCCAAGUGACAUUUUCGCGUGUUGGUCGGAGAGCUAAACGCCUCGCCCGCAAUGUGAAUGACACGUUAUUAUAAGAGGGGAGGCUCGGCCGACUCACUUCUGAGCUGCGGCGACACUCAGGUCGCUACACGGACCGCUGAGCCCAUGUUCUACGGUCUAGACUCGGAAAGCGCAUGCGCGUCUACAGUGAGCCGUACAAUCAAUGAAAAAGGAUCUGAUCAUCUUGAGCAAGCAUCAAGAAACUGGAGAAAAGGAGAAGAUUAGCAGAAUUUGACAUCCGGGUUUAGAAAGCCUUGACAGCUAGCACUGAGCACAACACAUGUCAGUCACUUUAAUUUCCACCCCUCACUUGCAGAGAAACGCGUGUGAGAAUUGUAAUUGUCAAUGUCAGAUUUCCAGUUAUUUUUAUUAAUUCAAAAUUUAGAUUCAGUUUUCGACAAAGAAAUCAAGUGUAUUUUGCAUGCAGUGUUAAAGCAAGUAAGGAGGAAAAUUCUCUGUGAAUAUAAUAUAGUUGAAACGUUCUUUGGGUUAAAAAAAAAUUGAGAAAUGAUGUAAGUGCCGUAAGAGCAUGCAGUCAGUGCUACAAUGUGACACAAUGUGACUGCUCCAAGCUCCUUCCCUGCAGCAGCAUUUCACUCUGUCACUUUCUUGAUGAGGUGAACAUAAGUUUCUAUCAGUUUCUGCAAAUCAGACUUUAGGCCACUGCCCCCUUUUUUUUUUUUUUUUUUUUUUUUUCCCCCCUUCCCCCUUUUUUCCUCCUCUCCUUUUUCCCCUCUGCAUAUAUGCUGGCAGAGAGGUAAAAUGGGCUGCUGAAGAAGUCAUUGUGUCCAGAGCUGGCACAUUGUGCAGCUUCCAGAGCUUGAAAAGAGGAGAUAAACCCCUGGCCUGCAGGGCAGUAGUUCUCUUUCUUUAAUGCUCUGACAGACUUCAUUGCCCUUGGACACAAUAGACACAAUAAACUGUUGCUCACUGGCCAGCAUCCUGUUAUCUACAGGAUAACUCACCUGAGGAAGCCCAUACUCAUUAACGUCCGUUAAGUGUUCUUGGGUUACCGGACACAAGUCUCUUUAGGCAUCCGUAUCAAGAACUCUUCGUUGUCCGUCUCAGCCGUCGCCCUUGCACACACCUACCCAGAGCUGCCUUGGUUCUCGCAAGUGAUCAUUCCUCAGCGCAUCCAAAUAAUACAAAACUCAGCUCUGGAAGCAGCAGUUGACAAUUUGGACACCUCAGCUGAACUCUAUUGGCCUGUUGGAUCUUGUACAGGGAGGGGAAGAAUUCCCUAGACUUCAGAGUCUACAACUCUGGAUCCUGGCCAUGAGGUUUGAUGCCUCGACCCUCUGACUGGAAACUCUGGACCUAAAUGGCGCAGCAUGACUUUGUUCCUGCCUGGCUUAACUUUGCAACACCUCAGUCUGCUAAGUCCCCCCCAUCCAGCUUUGAAAAGCAUGGAGAGCACCUUUCCCGUGGAGAUGGGAGGCCCAAAGUGAGCCGGCGUCGCCACAACUCCUCUGAUGGCUUCUUCAAUAAUGAACCCUUCCGAGCCCCAGCAGAUGGAUGGCAGCAGCCAUCACUCCUGCGACACGACUCUGUUGACUCGGGUGUGUCCAAAGGAAGUCAAGGUGGUUUGGUCAGUGGGCCAAGCUGGAAGGAGUCCUCUGGCUGGCAGGGGACACCAUGGAGCCAGGAGAGCAGCACAUCGCACCACCACCACCACCACAGUCGUAACCCUAAACGAGGAGGUGAAAGAGAUAGGGAAAGGCCUGGAGGGCACCGACAACGCAACGGCAACUUCCACCCUCGCAAGGGUGCCUCUGUCCAGGACAAGUUCUCUGAUGAAGAACAAAAGGAGGAUAAGCUGAAGUUUGUUGAAGAGGACUUUCCCUCCCUGAACCCAGAAGUAACUGGAAAGCAGGCAAGCCUGGCACGCGCUGUGGGGAUGCCUGCUGGAGUGUGGGAGAACCCACCCAGUGCCAAGCAAGCCACGUCCAAGGUUCUGGUAAUUAAGAAGGUUUCGAAAGAGGACCCCUGCGCAGCUUUCUCUGCAGGGUUUGCUAGCCCAGGACCCUUCCCCACCAAUGGCACCAGAGUCCCCAGUACUGCCCCAAGUGUUUACAAGAACCUGGUACCAAAGCCAGCUGCAACCCCUAACAAGCCUGCUCUGUGGAAACCCAAUGGAAGGGAAGCUAAACCAGGUUUACACUUCUCGGGAAGGGACUCUGCCUUCACCAGCCCCGUCCUUGUGACCAAACCUUUGACACCUGUCAGCACCCCAAGCAACACAGCAUCAAAGGAGCAUCCUUCCAGCACCACUCCCCCAGUAGACAUUACCCCCUCACGCCUCAAGCUAAUGCGACGUGGUGGCACUGACCGCAAGAGCGAGUUUUUGCGGGCUCUGAAAGAUGAGACGAAUGGGGAGGAGAGCCAUGGAAUUCACGAAGAGGGUGAUGACAGUCCCUUGGAAGCCAAGGAGCAAAGUGAGGCUCUUUGCCACAAGAACGGUGUCUCUCACUCUCUCAGCGACUCAGACACUGAGCACCUGUCCAGUUCCCUGGAGGCUGAGCACAGAUUACUGAAGUCCAUGGGCUGGCAGGAAUAUCCAGAGAAUGAUGAAAAUUUCUUGCCCCUCACUGAGGAAGAGCUAAAAGAAUUUCAGGAAAAAACUGAGCAACUGAAGAGGAAUGGUGUGCUCCUGAAGGCUGGGGCUGUUUCACUUCCAUUGUCCCCCUGGAGAGGGCCUGCCAACACAGGCCUGACCGAGGGCUCUGAGUCCGAGACCAGCAGCAGCAGUCAGACUUCAGACGACGAUACCUGAUGUGGCUUCAGAUGGAUUUCUUUCAUUUCAUUGCUUUUCUUUAGUACAGAGUUUUUGUUUUUGUGUUGAUUCCUUUCCCAGCACACAGGGGAAACCAGUCAUAUCAGAGCAAAAUAAGUUCUGGCUUGUGUGUAACUUCCUGUCCUGUGUUACUCCAGUUUUCUUGUUCAGUGAAAAUAAUGAUUUUUGGAAAAGGCCAGAACACAUGACUUAAAUUUAAACCAUGAUGGUGUGAUGCAUAAAUGGAAAUGACAC